AUAUAAAUGAUAUAAAAGGCUACAGAUGAAAGGGGAAAGUAUCUUCAAUCUUGAACCUAGGGGAAAUGGUUGUUGCUUGCUAGCGUUCACAAGCACCGCGUUAGYAACAAAAUAGCCUAAACGUUUCCUUGAAAAUGUCUAAAAUGCAGCUGUUGCAGGUUUAUCUAAACGAGCGGUUAACAGCGGUGGCUGUUGAGAUAUUUGGGGCYGUGGAAAAUACCAUAGGAGRGUACCAGGAAGAAAUCUCCCGUUCAAAUGAGGAGAUCGAACGUCUACGGAGGCUGCUGGAUUUGGUUUUCCAACCCGACAUAAAGCUACAGAGAGCAGACCCCCAGCAGCUCAUUCUCCCUGUCCCUGAAGAGGAGGUUCCCACUGAGCAGCAGCACUGUGAGCAGGAGUGGAGCCCCAGUCUGGUCCAGGAGGACCCAGAGCCCACUCCGAUUAAAGAGGAACAGGAGGAGUUUGGGACCAGUCAGGAGGAAGAGCAGCUUCAGGGGCUGGAGUCUGAUACCAAAGAGUUCAUAUUCAUUUCUACCUGUGUGAAAAGGGACUGUGAUCAGAACCCAUCCCAGUCCUCACAUCUUUACCAAAUCCAUACUGUGGAGAACAGAGUGAAGGACUCUCUACCCACCAAAACAAUUGAACAAGACAUCAAAACAGAACAUGGAGAGGGCUACGGAGAAUCCGAACCAAACAAUGAAUUACAGCCCCUCUCUCCAGUAAAUUCAGACUGUUCUGCAGCUCAGAUUGGGAACGAUGAAAGUGACAAUGGUGUGGAUGGUGGAGGACUAAUGUCAGGGUUACAGCCACUCAAAUCAAAGAGAACAUGGACGAAGAAAGGACAAAGCUCUAAGACCAGGGAAGCCAGUGAGUUGAAAGUUCCAUUGAGGGCGGCUCACUCAGGGGAGAGACCACACAGGUGUCCUGUCUGCAGGAAAUGCUUUCUGAAAAGUAGCAUUUUAAAAACCCAUCAGAGAAUUCACUCUGGCAUGAAACCAUAUUGCUGUAAUGUAUGUGGCAAAAGUUUCAGAGAAAAGGGAACCUUGACAGAACAUACGAGAAGUCACACUGGGGAGAAACCAUAUCAGUGCAAAGAUUGUGGCAAAUGCUUCAUCCGGAUUAGAAACCUGACAGACCAUAUGAGGAUACAUACUGGAGAGAAACCGUAUCAGUGCAGUGAUUGUGGCAAGUGCUUCAGUCAGAAGAAAACCCUGACCAUACAUAUGAGGACAUACACUGGAGAGAAACCGUAUCCGUGCAAAGAAUGUGGCAAAUGCUUCAGCCAGAUGAAAAGCCUGAAAGGCCAUAUUAGGAUUCACACAGGUGAGAUGCACCAUCAGAUGAGAGACCAUAUAAGUGCCCCAUGUGUGUAGAAUGCUUCAGAUCAGCAAGUCAUCUAAAAUGGCACCAGCGAAGACAUCACACAGGAGAGAAACCACGUUGCUGACUUUGUGGUAAAUGCUUCACUUGU